AUGAGCGACGGACAGCAAACAAAAGUAUUGGUCGGCUGGGUAUACAAUCUACGUAAAGAUCAAGUCGAAGAAGAAUUAAAAAAACGUAACGUCGACUUCGAUGAAAACUCGAAUCUAAACGAGUUACGUAAAUUAUUAGCGCAGACGCUAAGAUCAGAAAAAAAUUUACAAGACGAGCAAGUAGACCAGAAAGAGGAAAACCCAAGCCACGAAAACGUACACGAAGAAACAGAAACAGAAAGCUCACACUCCGAUACAGAGUCAGAAAUGUCGGACACACCGAAACUAGAAUUCCGUCUAGAUAAAGGAGACUGGGAAACGUUCGCAGAUCGAUUAGAAGUAUAUUUCUUGGCGAAAGGUACUGUAGACAAUAAAAAAGUAGCUACCGCGCUUACGAAAUUCGAUGAAGAGGCUUUCAAGCUACUCAAAAGCCUAUGUGCACCAAAAAAACCAAUAGAAUUAACAUAUGAAGAGUUAACGAAAAUGAUGAAAGAGCAACUUAACCCGGCCCCAUCUGAAGUAAUGGAGCGUUGCAAUUUUAAUAGAGCGAAGCAAGAACAAACGGAAUCGAUAGCGGAUUUCGCAGCGAGAUUAAAAAAAUUAGCAUUGAAUUGCAACUUCAAAGAUCAACUCCAAACAGCAUUGAGGGAUCAAUUGGUUUGUGGAUUGAAGGAUCAUGAAACAAGAGUUGAACUUUUUAAGAAGACGAGUUUAACAUUCGACACGGCAUUCACAGAAGCAGUGGCCAGAGAAAAGGCAGUGCAAAAUGCGGAGGGAUCGCAAAAAGCAUUGCAAAAUCGCGACUCUCAACAGCGUACAGUAUUCGCUUUUCGGCAAACGAACCAAGGCCAUGGACAUAAUAACCAAAACAGCAAACAAUCGUCCCAACAGCAGAAUCGUAGCAGCGGCCAACAGAAGCAGCAAGCGACAUCGCAGAGAGGCAGUUACGUAUGUUAUUGUUGUGACUACGUAGAAAACGUAUUAAAACCUGUAGGCUCGCUAGAGAAUUUGCAAGUAACUUUAAAUGAUAAAACGCUUAAACUAGGAUGUUUCGUCCUACCCGGUAAAGGUCCACCGCUUAUAGGGAGACAAUGGUUAGCAGCAUUCGGUUUAUGGCCUCUGAUGGCAAACUCAACGAAUUCUAUAAGCUUGAAUAAAAUACAAGAUUGUAAUAUACCAAGCAUACGCGAACAGCUAGUAAUCGAAUUUAAAUUACUGUUCGGAGAUACACCAGGUUUAUUCAAUAAAGGUAAAUUAAAAAUCUAUUUAAAGGAAAAUGCUAAACCAAUAGCCCUAAAAGCGAGACACGUAGCUUAUGCGAUGAAGCCACUAGUGGAGGACGAAAUAUCACGGUUAGUACGUUUAGGUCACUUAGUACCAGUUGAAUCGAGUGAAUGGGCGACGCCUAUUGUAAUCGUAAAUAAAAGCGACAACACAAUUCGCAUUUGCGGAGACUACAAGUUAUCGAUAAACGAAUAUAUCAUUGUUAAUAAGCACCCGCUUCCGCGUAUCGAAGAUGUGUUUGCAGCCAUGCAAGGUGGAAAAAAAUUUACAGAAUUAGAUUUAGCGCACGCGUAUAUGCAAUUCGAGGUCGAAGAGAGUAGUCAACAGUAUUUGACGAUAGCAACGCAUUUAGGCUUGUAUCGAUAUACUAAAAUGCCGGAAGGUAUAAGUACUUGCCCGGGUGAUUUUCAAACAUUUAUUGAGAAUACUAUAAGAGGUGUUAAGAACACUAUAGCUUACUUAGAUAAUAUAUAUGUAACGGGGUCAACUGAUGAAGAACAUUUAGAAAAUUUAAAGCAAGUAUGUACACGUUUACAAGAAAGUGGUUUUGCUAUUGAUAAAGAUGGACUGCAUAAGUCGAGCUCAAAAGUGAAAGCAAUAGUAGAAGCACCAAAGCCAGAGAAUGCAAAACAAUUGCUAUCUAUAUUAGGAUUAAUAAAUUUUUAUGAAAGAUUUUUAGAACACAGGUCAGAUAAAUUAAAACCGCUGUAUGACUGCGCGAAUAGCAAGGAAUUUUUCUGGUCCGAGGCAUGCGAUAACGCUUUCAAGGUUAUUAAAGAAGAACUAAUUUCUCCUCGCGUACUCGCACACUACGACCCGAAUGAACAAUUAGUUUUAGCUUGCGAUGCCUCCGACUACGGCUUAUCGGCGAUUCUAUCGCAUAAAUAUAAGGACGGAUCAGAGCGACCUAUCGCGUACGCGGCGAAAAGAAUUCCAAAAAAAGAAAUGCAUCGAGCCAUCAUCGAUAAAGAGGCAGCAGCAAUCGUAUUCGGUUUUAAAAAAUUUUAUGAUUAUAUUUUUGGCAAAGAAAUCAUUUUGCGAACAGACCACGAGCCAUUAAAGCGAAUUUUUGGGCCUAAGACGGGAAUCCCAUUAACAGCGACUAGCAGUUUGCAAAGAUGGGCAUAUUUAUUGUCAGGAUUUAAAUACAAAAUAGAGCACAUUAAAUCGAAAGACAACGGAAACUGUGAUGCGCUAUCUAGAUUGCCGAUCGAAGAUGAUUCGGACGUAUUCGAAUCCAAUUAUACAGCAAUUAAUUACAUAACAAGCGAACUAGACAUCUUAGAUAGUAAUGCGAUAGCCGCAGAAACUAAAUCAUGUAAGGUUUUAAGUAAAAUAAUGAUGUACAUAACAAGCGACUGGCCGUCUUACGAUAAACUUACAGAUCACGAAAAAAAAUAUUAUUCGAAAAGAACGGAAUUUUUUGUAGACGAAAACUGUAUAUUGUGGGGCCAUCGAGUCGUGGUACCAAUGUCAUUGCAACCGUUUGUAUUAAAAGAACUACAUUUGUCACAUUUAGGAAUCGUUAAAAUAAAAAUGCUAGCCCGAUCCUAUGUAUGGUGGCCCGGUAUCGACAACGACAUAGAACAAUUAGUUAAUUCCUGUAAAGUCUGCUUGGAGGAGAGGAAAAAGCCACCAAACAUUCCAUUAACACCAUGGCCGUGGCCGAAUAAAGCGUGGAGUCGCAUACAUUGUGACUUUCUAGGACCGUUCAUGGGUCAUAUGUACUUAGUUGUUAUUGACGCUCACUCCAAGUGGCCUGAAGUAAUCGAUUUUCACAAUAAUACUAAGGCAGAAAAACUCAUUUCAAAGUUUCGCGAUAUUUUUGCACGACAUGGUCUCGCGAAUCAUAUUGUUACGGACAAUGGACCGCAAUUCACUAGCGACUUAUUUCAAAAUUACUUAAAAAAACUCGGUAUCAAGCAUACGUUUUCUCCACCCUAUCAUCCUGCUACAAAUGGAGCAGCCGAGAACUUUGUAGGAAUAUUUAAGGACAAAGUCAAUAAAAUUGUAAAGGGAGGAAGGGCGUUAGAAGAUGCUAUAAAUAUUUUCCUAUUCGAUUACCGUAGCGUUUCGCACAGCACAACAGGAAAAAGUCCUGCGUUUUUGAUGACGAAGCGAGAGAUGCGCACGCGCUUCGACUCUUUGCGACCUCGCACAGAAAACACUGUUUACGAAAAACAGCACGCUCAAAUAGUGCAGCGCAAGGGUUCUCGUAGGGUAUCACUCGAAGAAGGAGAUACUAUCAUGAUUGAUAAUUACGGUAAAGGUGAUAAAAAAAUAGAAGGAACCAUAGUAAAACAAUUAUCUCCUUCUACGUAUGACGUCCAAAUAAAACCCGACAAAAUAUGUAAGAGGCACGCGGAUCAAAUAAUAAGCGUCGCGCCUGGAAAGAAAACUGUACGUCGAUCCAAGCGUUUAAAAAACAAAUGUAAAGUGUCAUCUUAA